AUGGCAUUAGGGGAUUUUACUUUUGUGGAUGAGUUCAUGUUCGGAAUCUGCAAUGAUACCUACUUUGCAAAUGAAUCUGAUCGAUUAGCUUUGCUUGAUUUCAAAAAUCGGGUAACUCAAGAUCCUCUACAUGUCAUGGCCUCAUGGAACAAUUUUGUUCAUUUUUGCAGCUGGGUUGGCAUCACAUGCAGCCCAUCGAAUGGAAGAGUGGUAAUUCUGAACCUGGAGGGUCAAAAGUUAGUUGGCUCCAUACCACCUUCCAUAGGAAAUCUUACAUUCCUCACUGGAAUCAACCUGGUGAACAACACCUUCCGUGGUGAAAUUCCUCAAGAAAUUGGUCGUCUGUUGCGCCUGCAGCAUCUCAAUUUGACAUACAAUUCCUUUGGCGGGAAAACUCCUUCUAAUCUAACUCAUUGUGUAGAACUUGCAACAAUUCGUCUUGGCUACAAUGGGUUAAUUGGGCGAAUUCCAGACCAACUUGCUUCAUUAUCAAAGUUAAAAAUUCUGGAACUAGGAGCUAACAACCUUACAGGAACCAUCCGAACUUGGAUAGGUAACCUUUCUUCUCUUUAUGCUCUUUCCCUAGGACUGAACAAUUUACAAGGAACCAUACCUGAUGAACUUGGCCGGCUAUCAAGCUUGGGAUUUUUUCAACUUUAUGGAAAUUAUCUGUCUGGUAUUGUUCCUCCUUCAAUUUACAAUAUUUCCUCUAUAUACUACUUUUCUGUCACUCAAAACCAGUUGCAGGGACAUCUACCGCUAGAUGUUGGCAUCACUCUGCCUAAUCUAGAAAUAUUUGCUGGUGGUGUCAACAAUUUUACAGGAACCAUCCCUGUAUCAUUGUCAAAUGCUUCUAGACUUCGGAUAAUUGACUUUGCAGAAAACGGUCUUACUGGGACCAAACCUGGAAAUCUUGAAAAUCUUGAAGAUUUGAUUAGACUAAAUUUUGAAGAUAACAAACUUGAAACUGGGAAAAUUGGUGACCUAAGCUUUUUCGAUUUCUUGACUAAUAUUUCUGCUCUAGAAGUAUUAGGUCUUUCUGGAAAUCGUUUUGGAGGAGAACUGCCUAACUCCAUAGCCAACCUUUCAGACAAGCUGAAAAUUUUUACCAUAGGAAGGAAUCUGAUUCAUGGAAGCAUUCCUGUUGGGAUUGGAAACCUUGUUAAUUUGUACCUUCUAGGAAUUGAAGGCAACCAAUUAGGUGGUACUUGCCUGAUGCUCUUGGGAAGCUUCAAAACUUAG